AUGCUUAUCCGUCAGACUAAAAACGGAGAAGAAAUUCCUCCUCAUAUUACAAAUGCAUGUGUUGGUAAGGCUCUGCUUGCUGCAAAUGAAUCGGGAUACAUGACAAAAAAGCUGUUUUUAGAUUGGGCUAAGCAUUUUAUUGCUUUUGUAAAUAAGAAUUUUGGUGAACCGCAUUUGAGAGAAACACACUAUCUUCUAUUAGAUUCACACAUUUCACGCAGGAACAAAAAAGCAUUAGAGCUGUUCAGAGAACAUAAAAUUGAGUUAAUAACUUUCCCGGCCCAUUGCACUCACGCAAUGCAGCCGUUUGAUGUCGUAAUUGCCCAUAGUUACAAAACAAAAAUUCAAAAACAAUACGACUUAUUAUACAAAAAUGCUAUCCUCAAAGAUCCAAGCAAAGCAUCUGAAUUUAAAGAAAAAAUUUUAUAUAAUGCAGCUAUCGAAGCGUAUAAGAUUUCAUUCACAAGAACCACUUGUGGAAUUGCUUUUGCAUGUACAGGCUUAUUCCCCUUUUCACUCAACAUGUUAUUGGAAAGAAAAGGAAUUACACCGCUUGAUAUUGAUGUUGAAACAGAAAUUCGACUCAAAUAUCCCUGGAGAUUAAGAAUCACAUCAACUCUUCUCACAGAUAUCAAUUUUAUAAACAAAUUAACUGAUAAUGAUUUCAGCAAAUCAAAUGAUCGAAUGAUUGUUUAUCAUCAUGGUUUAGAUGCUGCGCUAUAUCAGUCAUUGCAUGCUGAUGAACAUGUUGAAACAUCUCAAGUAGCAGACGUUUCUCAGGAAUUUUCAAUUGAUGUUUCUUCUUCUCAACCAUCAUUUAUUCAGAAAAACAUGAUACCAAAAGCAAGUAAUUUUGAUCCAUUUUUACCUUUUGCAAUGGACUUAUCAUCUCUGAAUGUAGUUUUUGAAUUUUUACAAUUUAAUCCGAUUAUGAAGAAACAUUUUGAUUUAAAGAUGAAAUUGAAAAAUGAAGAUCAGUCAGAUUAUGCAAUAUUGCUCAAAGAUGUUGGAAAGAUAUUAACUUCCAAUAAUAAAUCAUCAAUCAACUCUGAAAUCAAAAAAAUUGUUGAAAUAUUGCCAAAAGAUCUCAAAUAUCCAGCAGACUAUCUUUUUUACUUUUUCACAAAAUUAGCUAAUUUAAACAAGGAAAAAAAAUUAUAUUCGUUCAAUAUGAUAGACCAUUUUCUUUUUUAUAAACAAAACGAUCCUGAUAUUUCCAAUCCAAUCGAACCACAACUAUUACUUCAAGAUAAAAAUAUUUUCUUGAAGAAACUAGCAAGAUGGCCAAAAUAUUUAUGUGUGUGUUGGAUUGGGGAAUUCGAACCUGAAAUGUUAUUAUCUCUCAAUUCAUCAUGCGAGUGA